AUGUUACAUAUAGUUCCUCCAGUAAAUUUACCAAAGAUUGUGAACUGCGUGAAGGACAUGACAACCUUGAGCGGCAUAAUGGUCAGCGACUGGACUUACUAUUCCGAGAUGACCAUUCGAGACUUCUUCCUGAAUCCAUCCGUGACAGUACUCACCGUCUACUAUUUGUACAACAAGCUCUCCGUUUCCCUGUCAUUCCCCCUAGUCCCUGUCACCGAGAUCACCUACUUCGUGAGGGAGCCGCAGGAGAUCCUGCGUGCGGACACGUUCAAGGAUCGCGUGUUGUUCGGCACGAUGAACGAUGAAGUGGAGAGCCACGUGCUGUCGAUGGUUCAGAACGUGCUGGCGCCGAUCUUUCUCAAGAUCGAAACCUGGCCAGACAGUAUCCUCUUCCCCAGCCUGGCUUAA